AUGUCUCCCAACCAUCCCAGCCGGAGCGGCAGAGCCAUCACCGGCCAUCCCCGCCGACUCAUCAACCGGCUGCUGAUACUCAGGAUCAUCUGGAUAGCCACCCUGCUCUGGGCAGAAUGGAUCUACUUCGAUCGGACCAUCAAGACUUGCCAAUGGCCACGACCACCGGGAGCACCGAGCGGAACCGAACCAUUCCAUGUUCUCAUCAUCGCCGAUCCUCAGCUGCCUUCGACUGACUACUCCUAUCCAACCAGGAUACUUCCGCUACGCUGGCUGAGUAUCAAGAUCAUCGACCAGUUCAUCCGGAAAUCUUGGAGGCUCGUCAUCAAAAAUACCAAGCCUCAUGCUGUUGUCUUCCUCGGGGAUCUACUGGACGGCGGGAUCGCAGCCACCGAUCACACCAAGUCAGCAGAUUACAUGUAG